AAUGUCUGUUGUUGCAGUUGUGUUGUGAGAUGUCAACACCUUAAUGAGUGGCCCAAGGUACAUAUUUAGAUUAAACAUCUACAUCGUAUAUAUCUGGAUUGUGUGUGUAUGCGCGGACAUAAGUUAGGGUGUCGUAGUUAAAUUAUAAAAUGAAAUUUCAAUUAUUAUAACUAUGCUAGAUUUAGCACUUGUUCAAAAAUUCAAGUACGAUUAAAAUUUAACCAUUAACAACAGCAGAAAGAAGUACAACGCCAAAGGAUCUUUUCUAAAAAGUGAAGUGUACAAAUUGGUAUUGAAAUUGAGGUGUUACCUUGGAAAAACCUAGAGUAGUAGUAUGUAAUACUACAACAACAACAUGAAGUAAAAUAUAAAAAAAAAACAGAAAAGUACUUACAUAUGCCAAACUUAAAAAUUAACAACAAAAACAUCAAUAGAGUAUCUUAUCAUUAAAGUGCAAGUUGUUGUCUCUGUGUGAAAGUAAUUAUUUUAUAAUACCUAGUACUACAAUUGGAUUUUUGACAAUUAGUCAUGCUAAAAAUUCUAUUUCUCAAGAAUGAAAAUAAUGUAAAGUGUCGUCAUCGUUUGUUCAUGUAGUGAAAAAAUAUUAAUUAAAUUAUGAAAUAAUUAAGCCGAGCAAAAAAGUGCGCAAACAAACAACGAAAAGUGAAAAUUAAAAUUUCUUAUUUGCUGCAAGUACAUUUUUUUAAAAAAAAAGCUUAACACAACAAAAGCCAUCAUCCAGAAAAUAAAAUAAAAAGUGAAACAAUAUAAUAUACGAAAAAAGAAAAAUAAAAAAUAGCUACCUAUGUGCUUAUCUUAAUCUUAAAGUUAUCAUACCUACUUGCGGCGGACUGUGUUAAUUUGUAUUUGCAUGCAUAUGUGUGUGAGUGUUAUUUUUUGCAACAUGUUUCAACUUUAUACAUUGAGAUUGAGAUAAUAAUAAUAAUAAAAAAGAAAGACAAAUAAAAACACCUUAUUAUAAUUACAAUUACAUUGAAUGGUAUUUUCGGAAUUUUUCUACUUAAUAUUUAAUGAAAUUUCAACAUAAUGGCUGAAGCUCUGGUUGAAGGACAAGUACAUGGUUAUAGUGAUAAUGACACAUCAGAUACAAGCCACUUGCGAAUUGUUGUAUUGAAUGGAAAAACCUUAGCAAAAAAGGAUAUUUUUGGAGCCAGUGAUCCAUAUGUAAGAAUAGAUCUCAAUACAAUAAAUGGUGAUAUAAACAUUGACUCUGUCUUGACAAAAACCAAGAAAAAGACUCUAAAUCCAACAUGGAAUGAAGAAUUUGUAUUUAGAGUUAAGCCAGCUGAACACAAAUUGGUAUUUCAAGUAUUUGAUGAAAAUAGACUAACAAGAGAUGAUUUCUUGGGCAUGGUAGAACUUACAUUGGCGAAUUUGCCAACCGAACAAGAAGGACAAGAAGUUGAACCGCAAAGUUAUCCUUUAAGGCCUAGAAGGUCAGUAGGUGCUAAAUCGCGCAUUAAAGGAACUCUAGAAAUCUAUCAUGCAUUUAUACAUGAACAACGAGAGGCGGUGGAGCCGACCUCCAACUCGAGCGAUUGGGAGCAUAUUGAAAAUGUGUCACUAACGGGAGCAGCUCCUCAGAAUGCUUAUAAUAUUAACGGUGGAAAUGAGGUAUUACCACCUGGUUGGGAAGAACGUCAAGACGCCAAUGGCCGAACCUAUUAUGUUAAUCACACCGCUCGAACUACACAGUGGGAAAGACCAACUAUAUUAAAUACGAAUCAUGCAAAUGAUAAUACGGAAGCUGCCGCAUCAGAUUUCCAAAGACGAUUUCACAUUAGUGUGGAUGAUUCUGAGACGAAUAGAGCAGCAUCGAACGAAGAUGGAGACCAGAUUGAUAGUGGAAACCGCUCUCAAACAUCCGGUUCAUCGACCAGGCGCAAUUCCGUGGAAGAUAAUAAUACAGCUGUUACAGAACAGCCUCCACCCACAGCCGAGGACGAAGAGCCCUUACCUCCCAGGUGGUCAAUGCAAGUGGCACCUAAUGGGCGCACAUUUUUCAUUGAUCAUGCUUCUAGACGUACUACUUGGAUAGAUCCACGCAAUGGACGCGCUAGCCCUAUGCCUAAUCAAACACGACGUGUUGAGGAUGAUUUAGGCCCACUGCCCGAGGGUUGGGAAGAGCGUGUACAUACAGAUGGCCGCGUUUUUUAUAUAGAUCAUAAUACAAGGACAACACAAUGGGAAGAUCCAAGACUUUCAAAUCCUAAUAUUGCUGGACAAGCUGUACCAUAUUCUAGAGAUUAUAAACAAAAGUAUGAAUACUUUAAGAGCCACCUCAGAAAACCAACAAAUGUACCGAAUAAAUUUGAAAUUCGGGUACGAAGAACAUCUAUACUGGAGGAUUCUUAUAGAAUAAUCAGUCAAGUAACUAAAACUGAUCUAUUAAAGACCAAAUUGUGGGUAGAAUUUGAAGGAGAAACAGGUUUAGAUUAUGGAGGUCUUGCUAGAGAGUGGUUUUAUUUGUUGUCUAAAGAAAUGUUUAAUCCCUAUUAUGGACUUUUUGAAUAUUCAGCCAUGGACAAUUACACUUUGCAAAUUAAUAAUGGCAGUGGUUUGUGUAACGAAGAUCACUUGCACUAUUUUAAAUUUAUUGGCCGUAUUGCUGGUAUGGCAGUUUAUCAUGGCAAAUUGCUUGAUGCAUUUUUCAUACGUCCUUUCUACAAAAUGAUGUUACAAAAGUCCAUUGAUCUAAAGGAUAUGGAAUCGGUUGAUACGGAAUAUUACAAUUCUCUAAUGUGGAUCAAAGAGAAUGACCCCAGACAAUUGGAGCUCACUUUUUGCGUGGAUGAGGACAUAUUUGGCCAAAAGAGCCAGCAUGAACUGAAGGGAGAAGGAGCUAAUAUCGAUGUAACUAAUGAGAACAAGGAUGAGUAUAUAAAACUGGUUAUUGAAUGGCGUUUUGUGGCACGCGUUAAAGAACAAAUGACUGCAUUUUUGGAUGGUUUCGGUUCAGUGAUUCCUUUAAAUCUAAUUAAAAUUUUCGACGAACAUGAGUUAGAGCUGUUGAUGUGCGGUAUACAAAAUAUCGAUGUUAAAGAUUGGCGUGAGAAUACUUUGUACAAAGGAGAUUAUCAUCAAAAUCAUAUAAUCAUUCAAUGGUUUUGGCGAGCAGUGCUUUCUUUCUCGAACGAAAUGCGUUCCCGUUUGUUGCAGUUUGUGACUGGCACCUCGCGUGUACCAAUGAAUGGCUUUAAGGAGUUGUAUGGUUCGAAUGGACCUCAAAUGUUUACGAUCGAAAAGUGGGGUACACCCAACAAUUUCCCUCGGGCUCACACAUGUUUCAAUCGUUUGGAUUUGCCACCUUAUGAAGGUUAUUUACAACUGAAAGAUAAACUAAUCAAGGCUAUCGAAGGUAGUCAAGGAUUUGCUGGUGUUGACUAAUAUUUUGUUCAACAAAUGUCUGGACAUGCAUCACAAAAUUUACGUUUACAAAAACGUUGUCUACUACCACUUUAUUGUAUGUUGAUUUUAAUAAAAUCUCAUUUUGAUAAUGCUGUCAGUGAAUAUAUUGAACUAAGUGUACAACGAAUACUAAAUAAUAAUAGACAACAGAUGCGUAAUUACUACGUGGCCUUUUCCAUAACUAUUGUACUUAAAAACGGUAUUUGUUUUUAUAAACUUUUUUUUUUUUUAAAUCUAAACCUAUGUAAGUAAGUAUAUCUAUCUUGUAUAUAAAUAUGUAUUGAGUGAUUAUUGUAUGGAAUGAAUGUUGACGCUUUUAUUAAUCUAGAUAGAAAUCAUUAAUUACACAAAGUCAACAAAAAUAUAGAUGUAUCUAUUAUAGCGUACACAGUCAGCUCAAUAUAUAGCUCAUGUGCGAGAAGACCUUCAUAAUUUGAAUUUAUUCAUAAUCCUUUUAUUCUUUAACUUGAUUUUGGACAAAUAAAAUUUGAUAUUUAUAUUCAGGAUUUUUAGCCAUGCAAGCCUUAACAUAAUCUUUAAACAUACAUAAGUUUUACAAAACACUUUCAACUUAAAAAAAUAACAAAUAUUUUCUGCGGUCUUCUCGCAAAUGAGCGAUAUUCUUACAUACAUACAUACAUAAACUCACACAUAUUUGUGUAUAUCAUGAUUAUGUAUAACGGACGAUAAAACAUUGAAUGAUAUUUUGAAAUAUUUAAUAGAAAUUUGAACUUUUUGUCCAUCAAUUUAUUUUAUUUUCUAUUUUGUUUCGUUAUGUAUAAAUUGGUCCUUCAUUUAACAUUAUGUUCUUAUCCUUGUAUUCUUCUUAUUAUUAUUAUUAUUUUGUAGUUAAAAUUGUGAAUCAAAAUAUUAUGAUUACUAUAGUAAUAUAGUUAAAUAAAUUUUUAUUUUAUAUACGAAUGUUAACUGUGAACGCGCGUUUUAAAACUAAAUUCUAUAAUAAAGUAUAAACAAAUAUAUGUAUUUCACUACACCUAUAUAACAUUAAAAACUAAACUAUACCUAUAUUUACAUACAUACCUAUGAAUCAAAAAGAAUUUAAAUUAACAAAAAUUAAAAAAAUUAAAAAAAAAAAAAAUAUGUAUUUCCUAUUUCCAAAAAACUACUAAUUUGUAUGCAGUUACAUUUAAAAUUUGAAUGAGAAUAUUGAUUAUCAUCAAAAUUAGCAAUACUAAACAAAAAUGUGAAUACAGUACGAGCACGAUUUGCAACAAACGUUUAGAAAAUUUAGGCGUUAUCAACAUUUUAAAGCUUAAUUUCUCAAAUUUAAACAUUUCCAUAUUUUAAUAUGAUUUACAUCGAUAUUCUGAACAUUAUGACAAUGAAAAAAUUGUAACAAAAAGGUUUUUUAUAACAAUUUCCAUACAAGAGUUUUAAAUUUUCAGUUUUGUUAUAAUUUAAUCACUGCCAUAAAGUUCAGAAUACCGGGUAAUAGUUUCAAACUAAUUCGUAAGAUAUAUCAUCCAUAGUUCUUUAUUAAAUUUAAAUUGAUAUUGAAGAUAUGAACCAUAGUUUUAAUUUAAUCUCAUAAUUUCUUAUGUUUUUAAGUUUUAUAAUGAAUAAAUUAUUAAAUAUUCAUCAUGUUGAGCUAAAUGCAAUUCCACUGUGUGUGAAAAUCGUGCUGGUACUGUAUUGCAAGAAAUACAUUAUUAUUAUGUAAAUACACAUUCCUAAAUAUGCUGCAUAUAUAUAGAUUGAUUCAUUAUUGCAUUGGAUAAAGUCAUGUUUAUGAAUACAAAAAAAAAACCUAUUUUUAUAAUAAUUAUAAGUUAUUUAAUAAACAAUUCUUAUACAUAUUUAAUCUUUAAUAAACUUCGUUACGUUUCUUAUAGCUAGUUAUACAAACAAACAAUUUUUGAAUUACAAUUAUGCGGCAGCGAAACAAAAGCAGUAAAUGUGGGCACUAACAGACAAAUAAACUUUACACGAUAAUUGAAUCUUCCAAAAGUUCUCAAUUCAGUGAUGGUUAGAUUAAAGUUAUGUUUCGCCUAUAAAGUUGUAACCGAUUUAAAUAAGUCUUUUUUUAGUUUUUAAACUUAAUAAAAUAAAAUUCAUUAAUUUGUUUUAUUUUAAUUAA